AUGGCACUCCCGGCGUCGAGCUCCGGCCUCUUCCGCUUCGUCUCCCCGCGCAGCCGACCUCAGUCCACCGACAUCGUGGCCGCCGCCUCCUGGGGAGUAUUCGCCGGCACCGCCGCCCUCUACCUCGUCCAGAUCGGAUCCGUGAUGCUCGUGUGGUGUGAUCGUCGUGGUUCGUCUGGAUCUGCGGAUGUUAGAUCGGUCUUAGGGAUCCGUACCCCGGUUCGCUCUAUUGGGGUUUGA